AUGAAUAAGGACGAUAUCAUUGGAAAAAGGGAUGUAAAAGAAACCUACAAUUAUGAUAUUUUGGCAGAUGAUAGAGUUUCUUUGUUUUCUUCGAUAAGAGAAUCAAAGAAGGAAAAUUAGAAGACUUUAAUUUUAAGUACUUAACCUACCAUAUAUUGCUGUCUGAGUAUAUGUAGUUUUUUGAUUGCCCUAUCAAAUUUGCCAGAGGAGGAUAGAAUUUAUUUUUUUUAUGAUGAUCCUUUAUCAUACAAUGUAGGAUUAGUAGUUUGCAUGUGUUUUCUUUGUAUAUUGGGCAUAGUAAUCUCAGAUAUUAUUAAGAAAUCAUUUACAAAUAAACAAAUAGGAACUUUGCCGUUUUUGACAAAGAAAUAACACAAAAUGAAUUUUAAUGCCACUAUCUGUCUAGCAGGACAAAUAGCUCAUUUACUUUUACUUAUUGAAAUAAUUCUAUAGGCUAUGCCAACUUAGUUAUUUUAACAUGAAACUUUAGUUGAUUUAUCAUUUUUACUAAAUGUGGUUUAUUUUGCUUAUGCCAAUAGCUGCUCAGAUGCAUUAUAUACCAUUUUUCAUUUAUAUUUGUGUCACUCUUGCAUAGUGCUAUGUUAAAACAACUCGAUGAAAUUACAAUAUACUCAUAUUUGGAAGGUGUAGACAGAGAGAGUUAUUUUAACAUAUAUGGGGAUUAUGUUGCAAGGAAUAUAAUUUUAGUUGUUUAGACCAGCUAUAAAGGAGAUGGAGAGAAAUCAAAAUAUCUUGGCAGAAGUUCUUUGA